AUAGGGAUAUAUUCAAAGUGGUCAUGGAAUACUUUGUCCGGCCUAAGGUUAGAUAGGCGAUUUCUCUACCAUCGGUUACCUUUGCAAGGAAAUGAUGAAGGCAUGGCAUUUCCUCAAGCAUCUGAACUGCACACCCGCCGCCGCCUCCCUCUCUCUUCACCUCCUACGCUCAUCCUCUUUUUCUCUCGGUCGUUACUCCCCAUCGCUUUUCUUUCUCUCUGUCCACACCACCGCUAGUGACCACUGGCCAGCACGUGGCCAAGUGAAAAAUGGACAUGCAAAUUUUUCCACAGCUUCUUCUUCUCUGGCAGUUCAUUCAAUGGCUUCACCUGUUCCUGUACCUGCAAAUUAUGUUUCAGUUCUAGUUCGAUGUCAUAAGGACAAUUCAGAUAUGCUUGCAGAAGCUCUUUUAAGCUUUGGUGCAAGUUCUGUUACUAUGAAUGAAGAUGAUGUCUGUUCAGAUACUGAUGAGAUUUGUGUUAGUUCCAUUUUUCUUGAAGGUGAGGAUAUAAAUAUGAGCAUUUCACAUGCUGCUGAUUCUAUUGGUUUGAAAGAGAUACCAAGAUAUGAAGUUAAAAUUAUUGAGGAGGAUGACUGGAUGAAAGGAGCUCAGGAAUCAUUUCAUCCAGUUGAAGUUACUGAAGGCCUAUGGGUGGUGCCCAAGUGGAUUACUCCACCUGAUAUUCAAGCAAUGAAUAUAAUUCUUAAUCCUGGACUAGCCUUUGGAACUGGGGACCAUCCGACUACCAAAUUAUGUCUAUUACUCCUACAUGACUGUAUAAAAGGAGGAGAACACAUCUUGGACUAUGGCACUGGCACUGGAAUUCUAGCAAUUGCAGCUCUAAAGUUUGGUGCUGCCUUUGCCGUUGGAGUCGAUAUAGAUUCACAAGCAAUUGCAUCAGCAUCUGAAAAUGCUACUCUGAAUAACAUCGAACCAGACAAGCUGCAACUGCAUUUGAUUGCAAGCCAAACUUCUUCAUCCUGCAGGGAUGACUGGCCAUCUAGAGUUGUCGAGGGAGAAAAUGCUUUCGAGAUAGACAGAGUCACUCACAAGGAUAAAUAUGAUGUGGUCAUCGCAAACAUACUUUUAAAUCCUCUGUUAAAUCUUGCUGAUCAAAUUAUCUUUUCUGCAAAGCCUGGAGCAAUUAUUGGUCUCUCUGGAAUCUUAAGUGAACAGGUCCAGAACAUAUUACAAAAAUAUUCACUAUUCUUAGAAGGCAUAGAAGUGUCGAAAAUGGAUGACUGGGCCUGUGUGAGUGGCAGAAAAAGAAAGAAUAUAGAUAUCUGCUGAUUCGUUGCUGUAGAUGCUUGGUUUGGAAGUUUAACCUUUCUCAUGCAAUCAUUCUUUGCCGUUUUAAUGCCACCCAGAAUGUUUUACAAGAAGCAGCUUUGAACCUGCCACUGCUAGCUGCUAUACAUUCUCUUUUAAAUUAUCAAUGCUGCUAUGUGUUUGGUUGUAAAUGUUUAUUUGGGAAGCAGAAAUUAGAAUCAGAAGUGUAGCUAGGCAGAAUCCCUGCCUUAAUGACUUUUAGGUCUUAUAAAAAAUCUGCAUGCGUCUUUUUGAA